AGGGGACAGAUAGAAAGAGGGAGCGUGUGUUUAUGUCUCAGUGUGUGACAAAUAAGAGGGAAAGGGUAGCGCUGGUGCACACAACAAAGCGUCCGACUGACUGAAGCAUUUAGAGCGCAGAUAUCCGAAGAAGAGGUCUACUUCCAGGGAUGACAACACAGCAGAGGAUCUACUUUCAAUUCACGCUCUCUUUAAACUGAAAGUUUUGCUCGUCGUCGACGGAAGGACAUUUGCUUUCAAGUUUUCACCGAACAAAAGUGUUUGCCUGCAAAAUGCAGCGACCAGGCGGGCAAGGGACGGCGUUUUCAAUCGAUUCCCUGAUAGGGACCCCUCAGCCCAGACCGGGACACCUGCUCUACACGGGCUAUCCUAUGUUCAUGCCAUACAGACCUUUGGUUAUCCCACAAGCUUUAUCCCAUUCUCCUUUAUCGUCUGGUAUACCUCCACUCGCGCCAUUGGCUUCUUUUGCGGGACGACUCACCAACACGUUCUGUGCCAGUUUGGGACAGGGGGUGCCGUCCAUGGUUGCGCUCACAACAACGAUGCCAAGUUUCUCGGAUCCCCCGGACAGUUUCUAUCCACCACAAGAGCUGCCUGGUCCACGUUUAAGCGCUGCCGACCCGGGAGCGAGAAGGCAAGAAAGCCCACACUCCGAGGAGCUGCACAGCCGGGACAAGAGCUCUGAGAUGCUCAACUUCUCGGAAACUUUUCAGACAAUAUCAGGCGAGACCAAACUCUACAGUUCAGACGACGAGAAGCUGGACCUAAAAUCAGCAGACACAGUUUGCAGCGACCGAGAGGACAGCUCCGCGGACAGCGAGAACGAAAGUUUCUCGGACGGCAACAACUGCGGCGCCCUGUCCCAGAAGAGCAAACUAAAAACGGGCUCGCAGGAGGCGCUACCGACCGGCAGCUCAGCAGGGAAGAGCCGGAGGAGACGAACAGCUUUUACCAGCGAGCAGCUACUCGAACUCGAAAAGGAGUUUCACUGUAAAAAAUACCUUUCUCUGACUGAACGCUCCCAGAUCGCACACGCACUCAAACUGAGCGAGGUGCAGGUGAAGAUCUGGUUUCAGAACCGUAGGGCCAAGUGGAAACGGAUCAAAGCGGGCAACGUCAACAACCGGUCGGGAGAACCGGUGAGAAAUCCCAAAAUUGUGGUCCCCAUCCCGGUGCACGUCAACAGGUUCGCUGUGAGGAGUCAGCAUCAACAAAUAGAGCAAGGGACCAGGCCAUGAACUGAGAUGAAAAUCAAAAAAAAAAAGAAUAUUAUUAGAAACACUUGACUCUAGGUUCCACUGAUUUGUUGAACGCAUGAAGCACAAAAAGGAUGUUCCAAUUAUUUUGUCUGAGGGAGAAGAGGAUUUACUCACAGACAGACCAAUUAUUUGGCAAUAUGCUCUCAUUUUUAUUUAUUGUUUCUGUUAAUAUGUAAAUAUAAAUGGGUAAAAACUGGUACAAAUGAGCACUAUGAGAUGCGACUGUAAAGAUUUUUUUAAGUAUUUAUAUGUAGGGCCAAACUGUUUUGUUGGUUAUGUGCAUGUCCUCAUUUGAUGAAGCUAUUCUGGAUUUAUUUUUUUUGUUUGUUUGUUUUGUGUUUCGUACAAUUUGUUGGAGACAUUUGCAUGUAACUUAAGGCGUUUUUUGUUUGGCAAGUGUAGAAACCACCUUUUAAAGCUAUUUGUGGAAGAACAAAAAAAAUGUGAAGGAAUUAACGACCAAACAAGAGACAACUGUAAAGUAUAUUGACCUAAUAAAUCGCUUUAU